AUGGCGACUAGCGAGAACUCCGAGAAGCCAGUAAUGGUAAUCGCCAUUGACGACAGUGAGCAUAGCUUCUAUGCUCUCGAGUGGACUCUCGACCAUUUUUUUGCUCCUUGCAUCUCGAAUCCUCCUUUUAGGCUCGUCAUUGUCCACGCAAGACCGUCUCCUUCUUCCGUCAUCGGACUCGCCGGACCUGGGGCUGCCGAAGUUUUGCCGUUCGUGGAGGCAGAUCUGAAGAAGACGUCAAUCAAGGUUGCAGGGAAGGCAAAGGAAAUCUGCAGCUCUAAAUCGGUGAACACAACGGAUGUGGAAUCUGUGGAAGGUGAUCCUAGGAAUGUUCUCUGUGAGGCCGUAGAGAAAAACCAUGCAGCCAUAUUGGUCAUGGGUAGUCAUGGUUAUGGAGCUCUAAAAAGGGCGGUAUUAGGAAGUGUAAGUGACUACUGCGCACACCAUGCAAAUUGUAGCGUUAUGAUUGUGAAGAAGCCCAAGGCCGGCAACAACUAA